GUCUAUGUGUACAAUCCUGUAGCAUCGGAGAGUGAAAGAGGCUGCUGUGUGAGGAAACGUAAGAUUGUAGAAGAAUUUCCUCCAGCUGAAGGUCAUGAACCCCUGCCAAGUAACCUGGACGUUGUGUAUUAUUCUUAUAAAGACAAGAUGAUGUACUUCUUUAAAGGUGACAAGUUGUGGAGGAAUAAACUCUUUGAUCCAAGACAUAAGAGAGUUAAUAAUAGUAUUGAGUACCUUGGACCAUGGUACCAUAAAUGGGUGGACAUCUGUGAUGCCAUAUUUUCUAAGAAGCACUGA